AUGUCUUCCGGCACCUACGACCGAGUCCCGCAGACAGACUCCGAACUGGAAGAAAAGGACGUUCUGCGCCUCCGAGAGCAUGCCUUCCGACAGACCAAGUGGAGGAGCAUAUGCAUAGUCUUAGCUGUCUGUCUCGUAGCCUCUCUGGCCGCAAACAUCUCGCUAUUCUACGUCCGCUUCGCCCGACCUCAGGCACUUUACAACGGCAUCCCGUCGCAAUUCGGUAAGACAAUACUCUUGCAAUUGGGAGAGAUAGCGAGGCUGAGACAUGCCUUUCUUUGACAGCACAUCUGCGCCGAGACACGCCUAGGAGAACAGAUCCCGAUCCCGUCUAUAGCAGUCUGAAUCGGACGGUCCAAGACGCCGCCUGGAAUGAUCCGAGAUUGAACGCCUGGGCACUCUUUGUCGCGCUGGACGAUGCAUAUACCGUCUCCGAAGGUCUCCCGCAUGCGAUGCGCUGGCCUUGGUAAGUGGCGAAGAAGACCUUUCAUGCCAGCUUUUAGACCCGGGCCUGAUACGAUUUUCUAGGGAUCUCAGUAAAGGCGUCUAUAUCCCGACUGCUGCACACGAGCUCCACUGCACGGUAGGCUAUAUCCAUCCAACGACACUCGAGCUGAGAAGGAAGAAUGAUGCACUGACUGACUGCACUGCCCGUCUGUCUAGCUCGUGCUUCGAUCAUGGAUCAAUCAAAAGCAGGACGGCGUCGCAGAAGCAGACAUGGACUUCCCUUACGGCCAUACGAUGCAUUGCCUGAACGUUCUGCGCGAGACGGUAAUGUGCAAUGGUAAGUUUCCUCUUCCGGAUGUCGCAUUCCAUCGCAAAAAGGACUGAUCUAUCUGCAACAACAGCCGAUGACCUUCCCCUGUACACCGGGCGGGUGAACGAGAAUGUGCACUACAAGGACGUUGUCGCCGGCAGAGGCAUGACGCGCAUGUGCCGCAACUGGGACGCCCUGGUAGACUGGACCCACGAGCGCAGUGCGUGCUACCUCUCCGCGAACCGGAACGACAGGAGUUGGAAGGAGAUUGAUAGGUAUAAGUUCUGUCCCGAUGGCUCUCGGCCGUGGGAGAAUCGGACGGAGUUGCAGUAG